AUGGACGUCGUACUUGAAGUUUUCGAUACAUUUUUAUUCGACUAUCUAUAUGCUUAUGCGGUGCCAGUGCCGCAGCAGGCCUCCCUCGUCUCCUCUCAAAUCGCCGAUGGACUAAAUAAAACCGCGUCAGCCGUUGGCAAUGGCUUCGUCUAUCGACCCGCCUCGCAAUACCUCAAUUUCGAGCCAUCGGCAUAUGCAUAUAUGAGCACAAUGGCAAGAGACAAUGUUUACAGACAAAUCUUGUCAAUGUUCUUUAUCACCUGGGUUUUUGGUGUCGUCGUAUAUUUUAUUUUCGCUACCCUGUCUUACGUCCUAAUUUUCGACAAAACCACGGUUAAUCAUCCAAAAUACCUCAAAAAUCAAAUGCGACUCGAGAUUAUACAGACCCUUAGAUCACUCCCAGGCAUCGCGAUACUAACGGUCCCAUUCUUCGUUACCGAAAUCCGAGGCCACGCCAAAAUGUACGAUACCUUUGAGGAGGCCCCCUUCAAGCUAUACAACUUUCUCCAGUUCCCUCUAUUCUUCAUGUUCACCGAUUUCUUUAUCUACUGGAUUCACCGGGGCUUGCACCACCCAUUAAUCUACAAGCGUCUACACAAACCGCACCACAAGUGGAUCAUGCCGACUCCCUAUGCCUCGCACGCUUUCCACCCUGUUGAUGGCUGGGCGCAAAGUUUGCCGUAUCACAUCUUCCCGUUCAUUUUCCCUCUACAAAAGUUCGCUUACGUGGCUCUCUUCGUGGCAAUUAAUGUCUGGACCAUCUUGAUUCAUGACGGCGAAUACGCAACCAACAACCCCGUUAUCAACGGCGCCGCUUGCCACACCAUGCACCAUCUCUACUUCAACUACAAUUAUGGCCAAUUCACCACUCUCUGGGAUAGACUCGGCAACAGCUACCGUCGACCAAACGAAGAGUUGUUCCGCCGUGAGAGCAAGAUGGACAAGGAAGAAUGGAACCGUCAGGUACAAGAGAUGGAAGCGCUCGUUAAGGAGGUAGAGGGUGAAGACGAUCGUCAGUACGAGCACGAGGAGAACGUCAAGAAAAAUUUGUAA